AUGUUGUGGCUGCUCUUUUUUCUGGUGACUGCUAUUCAUGCUGAGCUCUGUCAACCAGAUGCAGAAAAUGCUUUUAAAGUGAGACUUAGUAUCAGAACAGCUCUGGGAGAUAAAGCAUAUGCCUGGGAUACAAAUGAAGAAUAUCUCUUCAAAGCAAUGGUCGCUUUCUCCAUGAGAAAAGUUCCCAACAGAGAAACAACAGAAAUUUCCCAUGUCCUACUUUGCAAUGUAACCCAGCGGGUGUCAUUCUGGUUUGUGGUUACAGAUCCUACAAAAAACCACACACUUCCUGCUGAUGAGAUACAGUCAGCCAUAAGAAUGAAUAGGAACCGGAUCAACAACGCCUUCUCUUUGAAUGACCAGACUCUGGAAUUUUUAAAAAUCCCUUCCACUCUUGCACCACCCACUGAGCCAUCUGUGCCCGUGUGGAUUAUUAUAUUUGGUGUGGUAUUUUGUGUCGUCAUAGUUGCAAUUACACUAUUGGUUUUAUCAGGAAUCCGGCAACGUAGAAGGAAGAACAAAGAACCAUCUGAAGUGGAUGACACUGAAGAUAAGUGUGAAAACACCAUCACAGUUGAAAAUGGCAUCCCCUGUGACCCCCUGGACACAAAGGGGUGGCACAUUAAUGACACCUUCAUGACAGAGGAUGAGCGGCUCACGCCUCUCUGAAGGGCUGCUGUUUUGCUUCCCCAGAAACUCAACACAGAUUUCUCUGCAACUGUUUGAGCACCACAAAUUAUCAAUGGCUGAUUACACAUUUUGUUUCACCAUUCUUCUUUUGCAAGAAAUUUUGGAUGUUCAUGAAAGUGAAGGACAAUCAGUUAUACCUGUGAGGACCAUUGGAAUCAUACACUGUUGACUACUACAAAUAUUCUAAAAUAUUUCCCUGACAACACAGUGUUUAAGUGUAGUCAUAUGGUGUUUGUAAUUAUUGAUUUAAAAAUCCAUCAGUAUUUAAGCAUCCCCAGAAAAAAGGCCAGACCACUAAAUAUAUUUUACACUCUGAAGACCUAAGGAAAAAUACUUUUCCAGUGGAGUAUACCUAUAAUAUGGUGUGGAAAUAAUUAUGAAUAUUGUUUAUAUCACUCUGUGUAUGACUAAGUAAGUAAGAAGUAAUUAUUGUAAAUGGGAUGGAUAAAAAUGGGAGUAUUGGUAAACGACGUGGAAUUUGAUCCUGUUAUCAUACCAACAGUUGCUUAUGUAUUUUCUAUCAGUCUCAGCGCAGCUCUAUUUGUUGACUAUUUCUCCAAUUUGUAAAAAUACAAUCUAUGCUAAUUUAAUAAAGUGAUAAUUAUCUCUUUUUGAUUAUGCGA